AUGGCAGACAAUACAGCAACAAUAUUUCGUAAAGUCGUCGCUUUGACUUCAGCAGUCUUCGUCGACCUCUCUUUGUUUUACGCAUCAGGAUUUGUAGCCACAUAUGGCGUCUUCGGUCAUCUUUCGCGUUUAUGGGUCUCUGCGGGUCUCCGGUUCUUGGCUCUAACUGCUGUAACUCUGUUCACUCUUGGAGACUUCAAACCGGUCCUGAUUCGUUUUAUAACGGCGCACAGUGUGCUGCCCGCGGUGUUUGAGACCGGGAUCUCGGUGCUCUACCAUGAGGAGAGUCAGUGCGGCUUGUUAUCUGAUGCGCGCUGCUGGCUGAUGUGCACCGGUGCGUCGCUGGCUGCUGCGCUGUUUUGGGAGCUCACCAUCCCGGACAGCGACGAUGAGGCGGCCGGUAAAGAGAAGAAGCAGAAGUCCAGGGUGCUUUUCAUGAGAGUCCUCUGGCUGUACAAACCCUACUAUUUGAUGCUGUUUGGAGGGUUUGUGUUCCUUUCGCUGGCUGUUAUCUGUGAGAUGUUUAUACCCUUCUACACCGGGAGAGUCAUCGACAUCCUUGGCAGUAAUUACCAGCCAAAUGAAUUCCUGUCUGCACUCCUCUUCAUGGGCCUGUACUCUCUGGGAAGCUCCAUGAGUGCAGGCUGCAGAGGGGGUGUUUUACUUUGUGCCAUCAGUGCCUUCACAUGCAGAAUGAAAGUCAAGCUGUUUGAGGCUUUGACCAAACAGGAAAUUGGAUUCUUUGAGACCAUAAAGACAGGUGAAAUCACAUCCAGGUUGUCUAGAGACACCAACCUGAUGGGGAGAACAGUGUGCCUGAACGUCAACGUGCUGCUGAGGACAUUCAUCAAGACGCUGGGCAUGAUUUCUCUGAUGAUGAACCUUUCAUGGAAGCUCACAUUCCUCGUGUUGAUGGAGACGCCCAUUACUGGCCUCAUACAAAACAUCUAUGACACACACUACCAGCGGUUGUCCCUGGCAGUGCAAGACUCAAUGGCUCAGACAAAUGACUCAGCAAGUGAGGUAGUAUCUGGUAUUCGUGUGGUACGGAGCUUUAAUACAGAAAAACAUGAAGCCCGACGCUAUGACAACCAUUUGAUGGAAACACAUACCCUCAAAACCCGCCGUGACGCUGUUACAGCUGUUUACCUGCUCGCAAGGAGGUUGACAGGUUUGGGCAUGCAGGUCUUCAUAUUGUACUAUGGCAGGCUGUUCAUCCGCAGAGGACAAAUGACCACUGGCAACCUGGUUUCCUUCAUCCUCUAUCAGUCAGACCUUGGAGACAAUAUCAGGACUCUCACCUACAUCUUUGGUGACAUGCUGAACUCAGUGGGGGCUGCUGGCAAAGUGUUUGAGUUACUGGAUCGAAAGCCUCAGGUCAACACGGAGGGAAAACUCACACCUGAUCAGCUGAAAGGACAUGUCAGCUUCCGCCAUCUUACCUUUGCCUACCCUUCAUGCCCCCAAAAGACAGUGCUGAAGGACUUUUCUUUGGAGCUGAAGCCAGGUCAGAUGACAGCUCUGGUGGGUCCAUCUGGAGAAGGAAAAAGCACCUGUGUGAGUCUCCUGGAGCGAUACUACGAGCCACAGGAUGGAGAAAUCCUAUUUGACAAUGAGCCGCUGAAAUCCUAUGAACACCGUUUCCUCCACAGGAAGAUCGCUGUGGUGAGCCAGGAGCCUGUGCUUUUCUCUGGCUCUAUCAGACAUAACAUCGCCUACGGGCUUGAUGAAUGCUCAAUGGAAGAGAUCCAGGAAGCAGCACGCAAAGCCAACGCCCACGACUUUAUUCAGCAACUGGAGAAAGGCUAUGAUACGGAGGUGGGUGAAAGUGGCAGCCAGUUGUCCAAGAGUGAGCGGCAGCGGAUCGCCAUCGCUCGAGCUCUGGUCAGACAGCCACAGGUCCUCAUUCUGGAUGAAAUUACCAGCUCUCUGGACGCUGAGUGUGAAAAUAAGGUUCAGCAGUCCCUGGCUAGCUGUCCCAACCAGACGCUGCUGGUGAUCGCCCAUCGGCUGAAGACCAUUGAGAAGGCAGAUCAGAUUGUUGUGGUCGGUGACGGCAGAGUUCAGGAGCGAGGGACUCACCAGGAGUUGAUGGACAUGAAGGGGAGCUACUACAAACUGAGAGAGAAGCUCUUCACUGAGGGAAACUCGCCACAGUGACAAACUACUGUUACUGAGCUGAUGCUUGUUAUACUGUGAGAGUCGUGACUGGGCUGCAUUAGUUUAACCAACAGCACUUAACCUGAUAAAAAUGUGUAAGAACAUGUUGGAGUUUGUGUAAAUAUUGAGUUCGGAUUGUUGUGUAUAAAUAGUGAAACUUAAACAUGUUUUUUCAGAGAAUAUAUUCAGUAUUCUGUAUGAGAUCUAAAAAGCACCUUUACAAAUGUGUUACUAGUACACAUUUAUUCUUAUUUAUCUUGCAGAAAUUACAUUUGCAGUUGAACACAGAAAAUGCAAUCACUCGUUUCAUUGAAAAAUAGAAUUAAACUUCCUAAAAUUGUAUAAUUGUUAAUUCAUAAAACACUGUUAAUGAGUGUUUCUUUUUUUAAAAUCUUUUUUAAAUUUCAUGUCCUUGUAUUUCUCAAAGCUGAAUAAAAGUUGGUCAAAAAAACACACCAUAAACCUUCAUUUAUGAUCGAAACGGCCAAAGGUUGCUUCAUGGAUAUGCCCCAAAUAAAAGAUUAAUCAGACAUUUUGGAUCAUUGUCAAUGACCUCAGAUGACUUCAGCCAGAUCAUCAGUGAAACUUU